GGAGAGAGCGAGAGAGCGAGAGAGAGAGAGAGAGAGAGAGAGAGUGAGAGAGUGAGAGAGGAGACCGGGCAAGCGUUCUAAUCCUCUCGGACGGCGAACAGAGGCAGACUCGAUUAAUAGUCGUGCUCGUGAGAGAAUCGACGAGCGUCCUUGGUGUCUUCGAGUUGCGCGGGAGCUUGAAAUCUAUCGUUGACUGUUUGAACUCGAACGCGUCUGACGCGGAACGUCGACGUCGAUGGACCGAGUUGGUCGUGCAGCGGGAGGAAUCGUCGCGUCAUCGAGCUUAAAUUUGGACUUGGAGUGAAAAAAUAAUUGAUCAAGGGUUGUCAUGUGAGGAAUACGUUGUCAAAGGGUAGAAAAGAUCCGAUCGAGUCGUUCGUUUCGUUCGUUUUUUGAUCGCGUCGAGUGUACGACCGAGGGCCUUUUAUUCUUUGCUUGUUAGCGAAAGAUUAAGGAAAUAAGUAUGAAGCCAAGCGCUAUAGUUCUGCUGUUAUUCCUCUGCGUGCAGUUCUUAGCCUCGGAGUCGAAGCUACGUCAACAGGCAACGGCUGUCGAGGCGACGGACGACGACGACGACGAUUGGGACGACGAGGAGGAUGACGACGACGAUGACGAUGACGACGACGACAAUGAAAGUUAUCAUCCGAAACCUGAAAUCGAUGACGAUGGUCGUAUAUAUAAGAAUCCAAGAAAUUCACCGUCCGCUAUGUGCCCACGGGAUCAGGACCAAGCUGAUCUUUUGGGACAGAAGUGCCUGAGGAAAUGUUCUACCGAUGAAGAUUGCAAAAGUAAGAAGAAGAAAUGUAGAUGCGACGGUGCCUGUGGUAUGUCCUGUAUCAAACCUGAAAGAGAAUGUCCACCGUUGACUGAAAUCGAACAUGGAGUAAUGACCAUCACUGGACGAUUUUUCGGUGAUCGAGCAAAUUACGCUUGCGACCCAGAUUACUUCACCGUCGGCUUGUCCGAAAGGACUUGCCGUGCCGAUGGACACUGGACCGGUACUACGCCGUCCUGUAAGAAGGAUCAGAACUCCUUCUGCUCACAGCCGCCCAAAAUAAAAAAUGCACAACACAAUGCGUUGCUCGAACAAACGACUUAUGAUCUAAACAGCAUGGUUCAAUAUUAUUGUAAUCAUGGAUAUGUAACAACCGGUGCACGCAAGGCUAAAUGUCUUAUGAUGAAUGGUAUAGCUAGUUGGUUCGGUCCUGACAUCACUUGCGAACCACAAAACUGUGGUCCACCGGCGGACAUCGCGAACGGAUGGCACGCUGGUGAAUGUUACACGUACGAUUGUCGCGUGUCCUAUCACUGUGCGAACGAAUACGAAUUGGUUGGUCGAGCUGAAAAGAUCUGUUUGACGGAUGGUUCAUGGAUGCCUAAAGAGUCACCGCAAUGCGUUCAAGUAACUUCCGUACAAUGUCCUAAACCAGAAAAUCCAGAGAAUGGAAAAGCUGUCUAUACUUCCUACGCUUAUAACUCCAUAGUCUCUUAUGAGUGCAAAUACGGUUAUUCGGUUGUGGGAGCGGCGACCAGACGUUGCGGAGCAGAUAGAAAAUGGACAGGAAAAACGCCCACCUGUCAAGAGAUUAAUUGCGGUUCGCCGGGGGUUCUUUAUAACGGUUGGAUAGAAAAUAUCGAAGCAGGUACUGGAUUAGGUGCGAGCAUAAUCUUUCGUUGCAACGAUUAUAUGAAACUCGAAGGUAACGCUUCUUCCGUGUGUCAGAUAGACGGUACGUGGCGUUAUCCUUUGCCACAAUGUUUGGCUCCUUGCGUUGUACCCCAAAUUGAAAAUGGACAUAUAACUGUGGCUAGCCAUGAGAAUGAUCACAUAAACAAUAUUACCGUUGUCGAACACGGCGAGAAAUUAUUGGUGUCUUGCGUACAAAAUUACGAAUUCGCAGCGAACAGUACUGCAGUUGUUUGCAACAAUGGUACUUGGUCGAUAGUACCGAGUUGUUCACCUGCCAGGUGCAAGCGGAUGCCAAAAGCACCAAGAAAUGGCAUGGCCAUAGCUCCCAAAACGGAUCAUGGUAUGAAAGCUGUCUUCAAGUGUAAGGAUGGUUUCGAAUUAAUCGGAGGUGGUCCAUUAAAUGAUUCCAUAUCCGUGGAAUGUCAAUAUGGCAAUUGGACCGGUGACAUACCUUCCUGCAUUCAAGUAUUUUGCCCGUUUCCUGGUUUCAUUGAAAAUGGUAAAGUCUAUUUGGUCGGCAACAUGGGGGUUUACGAUUAUCGGCCUUACGUUAGGAAGGUUGUUAACAAUAAGCAGAUCAUGUACGACUGUAACAAGGGCUAUGUACUCGAUGAAGGGCCUAACGGUGCCACUUGUAUCGGUGGAAAUUGGAGUCCUAAAGAAUUACCCAAAUGUAUUCUAGGUCAGCAUCCUAGAUUGAGGUGGAGCAGACGUCGAAGGUCGAUAGCUGAUGCGACCGAGGAAGAUGUUGCGGCUAAUUACAAGAAAUUUAUCGAGUUUUUCAGGAAGGUCGGUAAGAAGUUACUGCAUUUGGAAUCGAUCAAAGCACGCGAUCACGAGAAACGUCCUGCGGGUUUCAAUGGAUCCUCGAAAGAGAAUGAAGAUAGUACGAAUUCGACUACGUCCUUGCAAUUGAAGAAACAUUCCAACCACGGUAACGGAACGUGGAAUCGCGACGAAAAGAUCGUCGAUUUCUUGAGAAUGGUUUAUAAGAAAUUAGAACGCAUGGAUGCGAGACAGCCGAAAAAUAACACCAAUAACAGCAUGCACGAAUUGUUAAACGCUAUGAGCAAAAACUUCUUCCACGUUGAUUUGACCGAGUCGAGGAAGAAUGGAUCGGGCAGGGGGCGAUCUGUUUUCGAAAUAAGAAAUCAAAGAGAGUUUAUAAGACUGAAGAGAGAAUUCGAGAGGAUCAUGAGAUUCUAUAAUAAAUCGAUGAGAUGGAACGAGAAACAGAAUCGCAAGGAGUCUAGAAAGAAGAGCGGUCAGUCUCACGGUGAGAAGAAUAAAAAAUCGAAGGAUAAGAAGAAACGUAAGAAGAAUUAUUACAAAGGUUUCUACGACUUUGUCAACAGUUACGUGUCCGAGAAAUUGUCCAUGUUGGAAGCACGUAACGCGACUGAGGAAUUAAUUAAAAAAAUGAAGAUCGAUAAGUUCACCGUGAGAAAUGGUACUGCGUUCACUGUUGGCGAGAUGUAUGCAUUUUUCAAACAUAUCAUAGAAAAUAAAUUAAACACAACGGAGGAGAUCUCGGUAACGGAGACAACGACGUUCCUGGUGCCAACGUCGGAUAUCGAUUUUAAUGAAAACGGAACGUCGACGACGUCCACCAAAGACAAUUUGGUCUUGAAUAAUGAGAUUCCAGCUAAGGAAGGGGCACCGAAGCAUCGUAGCAAACGUAUUAGAAAUGCUUCGGAAGAUACGAAUGUUACUCGUCAAAAAAGGAAUCUUCUGUCUUUGAAGGUGUCAUCUAAUCCUCAAGCGGGAUCGAAGAUCAAAGAGGAAGAAACUUUCAAGGAUGCGGAUGGAUUCAACGCUCAGGGAUUUACUCUGAACGAACUAGAAGCUCAACAGCAAAGCCGUGCCAAGAGAUUUCUCAAAGCCUCCGAGCUAGAUAAUCAAAUCUUCUUAAAGAACUUGUAUCUCAACGCUUACGAGGAUGAAUAUCGAGAGAAUGUGAAACGUUCGAUAGAAUCGUAUGAUCAUACGAAAAGUAGUUGGUCGGCUUCGAGAAGGCGCAAGGGUAACCUCGAUAUUUACGAGAUCAAGUGAUAAAGUUUCAAGUGUUGUGAUAUUAACGGAAUUUAUUAAGUUAUUUAUCGAUAUCAAUCGAAUUUUAGGCGAUGUAUACACACUCACACAAUAUACGGUAUUAGCUGUAAUCGUCGUCCCUCGUCGGCACGCAUUGUAACGCGCGUCGCGCUUUUUUUUCAAGGAGGAAAGGGGUUAAAAGAGAAAAAAGAAAAAAAAGAAAAAAUGAAAAAAAAAGGAAAAAAAAGAAAAAGAGAAAAGAAAAAAAAAAUACACUUAAGGGAAUAAAUCUUUUCCAUGCCAAAGCUCUUCGCUCUUUAAGGUUAAAGCCGAAUUAGGUUCUGUGUGUCUAAUCUAAGAAGUAAGCAUGUAGAAACUUUGUAGAUGUAUCAACGUGUCGAUCUAGUGCAUUGAUGAAAAUUCCGAUCAGAAUUCAACAAGAAAACUUUACAAUUAGAACGUAUUUCACUUCUAAUAUUAACUCUCUCCGAUUCUGUAGACUACCCUAGUGUGAUUUACAAAUAAGUCCGAUAUCCACUUUCAACUAAAUGAAAUAGCGCAAGAUCACGAUACUCAUGAUUUUUGUAUUUUAUGCGUUGAAGGCCGCAUUAUUAUUCGAUGUACCUUGUAAUACGCAAAUUAUAAAAUUAAUAAGAGAAUAAGUGUUACCAGAGAGUCCCUUUAUCAAUAUAUUCGUGACAAUGAUUGUAAGAAGAAGAAGAAGAAUCGUUAAAUCGACUUGCCAUAUUUUUAUUUUAUUGGAAAUCAUUUUAUUGGUAUUCUUUAAGAGAUCGAUCGACCAGGUAACGGUAAUUACACGUACAACACUUGGGAUAAUUAAGUCUCGAAAAAAUCGUCCAUGGUAGUGGUCAAAUGUUGGAGGAGAGAGGAUGCUGCGUAACACCGGACACGGCUGAAAGAGGGACGUGCCUGGACCACCUGUCAAUAUCGUGCUUCCCAUUAAUUACAGAGCAAUUAUAAUUCAUGAAUGCUCACGAGACCUUGUUCGAUUUUAUCUGCGACAACGUGCUCGUUAACACGUCCACGGCGUGAACCUGACUAUCCAGAGAUUUAAGGUCGAUUAAUCCCAAACAAGACGUGUAUUCGUUUCUGAUAAUCGAACGCUUAGAAAGAAAGAUAACGAAGAUUGGGAAUUAAUGCCACAAGAUACCUUAACGAUUACAUUAUUUUUAAUUCUUAACAAAAUUAAAUCGUCUUCUCAUUUCGACAAGCAGUUUUAUAAUAAUUUUAUCAUAAACUUAUCACUUGAAAAAAACGUUAUCUGACGUCAAAGGGAAAAGGAAGCACAAGUAAAUUCUAAUUUCAGCAAUAAGCUAAUUAGGCGAGGUCGAGCUAUUUAACAUCAAAGUGUGGGACACCGUGUGCAAAUCGAUAAGUACACGGGGCAACGUACCUACCAGCCAUGAACAUCUGAAAGUGUCUCGGUGCGCCUGCGUUCGAACGAAAAAGGAAAAAAGAAAUGAUCGUUGCAUGCACCACUAAUUCGUUUAGUCGAGAGAACAUGUGUAUGGAAGAGAGAGAAAGAGAGAGAAAGUGGAGGGGGAAAGAGAGAGAAAGAGAGAGGUUUCUCUCUCUCUCUCUCUCUCUCUCUCUCUCUCUCUCUCCCUUUCUCUUGCGGUAAGCAUUAUUCCAGUUCAUACGACGAUGAUUAUGCGGUCAGUUGAUACCAGCCGCUAAAUGCGCUAAUCGCGAGAGAGUUCAUGGUAAACAUCGUGAGCCGCCUACUUCGUGUUCCUCAUCUAUUAGAGCCCUGUUACGUGCCGUGCCGUCUUCUAUGCAAAUGAAUCUACGAAAGUAUGUUAAUAAUCUCUAAACAAAUGCGUAAAAUACAGGACAUACCGACGUUAAAGUUUAGUAUCGUCAAAGCUAAUAAGAGCCACUUAAAUAGCUACUAUUUUUCUCUUUUUUCUCCUUUUUCUCCUUUUUCCUCAUUCCAAUUCGGAGAACUACGAUAUAUUUCAAUGUAUCUGUAAUAUAUUAUUUUACAAUGACGACUGAUAAGAGCUGCUAUCCUUUUUUUUCUCUCUCGAUUUUUUUUUUGUCGAUUGCAAUUUAGAACGAAAGUGUUCGAAUAUAGAUAGAAAGAAAAUGAAAGAAAUUUCUACUAAAGACAGCUACAGUUACAUCACCACAAGAGAUCGCAUAGUCGAAGUUGUUCGAAGUUAAGCGUUACGAGUCCGGUGAGACGUCCUCGAGACUUUCGUAGAAGCCAUUUGCAUCGGGGAAUAGUCGAGAAACUCGUUCGUAUAGUAGCUCUUGACAAUGGAGAAUGAAGUCGGUGUCUCGUAGAAGAGGACCCAAGAACCGAUGAUAAUCUCAUUGAAAGGGGGAGUUAAGCGACGCGGGCUUCCUGCCAAUUCAUUCGAGCCAAGUGUCGCCUUACCGCAGUCAAUGCUUGCUAUGAAAUUGCUGCUACUACCGUGGUCUGCACGUUAGUCUCAAAUGAAACUUGCUAAUAUUUUUUUUUCUUCAAGAAAAAGAAGAAGAAGAAGAAGAAGAAGAAAUAGAA